AUGCGUGAUAAUGUGCGUACUGGCCUAUCUAUUGUUGUUGCUAAACCGUCUGUAACCCAGAAAGACUCUCCAUCGACUGAUGUUCUACCCCCUAUUCGAACGUGGGCUGCAGUUACUCAUUCAGCUACUAAGGGGUAUAAAUUGUCUUACUACCCGCUUGCUGUUGUGGAUAAUGAAGUAAUGCCGCAGAUUACACCUGAGAUUAUGCAGGCUGCUCAUCCUAAAUGGGAGGAUUGUCUAGUUGGAUACUAUAUCGGAAAGAGACUUCCCUAUCAAUUGACGCAGGACACCCUUAAGCAUGCCUGGGGUGAUGAGUUAGUUGAGGUAAUUGCGGCUGAUAUGGGUUUCUAUUACCUACGUAUUAUGAAUGGGGAGUUCAGGAGGAAAAUUCUCGAAGGUGGGCCGAUUACAGUAGCAAAAAUCCCGCUUAUUCUCCAUCAAUGGCAUCCUAAGAUGGAGCUCAAGAAGGAUUGUCAUAACUCUGUGCCUAUAUGGAUCCGUUUAAGGAAUGUUCCGGUUGUAUGUUGGUCUGCACCUGGUUUGAGCACUCUUGCUAGUGCUGUUGGUAAGCCGUUAUUUGUUGACAGCAGAACAGAACAUAUGACUAUGGUUGCCUUUGCCCGUAUUUGUGUGGAGAUUGAUGCAUCGAGCUCGUUUCUUGAAUUCAUUAAGUUUUCCCUUGAUGGUGAAAAUCGCUUUGUGGAUGUUCAUUAUGAAUGGGUGCCAACUAUUUGCCCCUCCUGCUGCACUUUUGGUCACAAAUGUGCUGCUCCUGGUGACCUUAAGUCUAAAUCUGGCCCUGCAGCUGCUAAUCCAAGUUCGGUCCGUUCAGCUAAUGAAUGGAGGGAAGUGCGGGGAAAGCGUAACAACAGACACCCGAUUCAACCAGAGAACCCCCCUCCCUCACCUCGCACUAUGGCUCCCCCUCAGUCAGAAGGUGAUAAAGAUUCUGCAACUUAG